CCAGCGCGCACCCGGUAGCUGGGAGCUCUGGUUUCUGGGCCCCCCGGGAACCCCAACACAAACCAGCGUAAAGCGCGCGUGCCCAUCUCAGACGGGUGUUCGGUGGGUGGUGAAUGCUUGCCCGGGACUUGUGGGGGGCUUUAGUGGAGCCCCGAGCCUUGGUGCAGAGAGUCUCAAGAGGCUUGGAGAACCAGAGUUCACAGUUGCCAACCAAGAAAACUUGAAAAUGAGCAGCCGACGGAAACGUGCUCCCCCAGUGAGAGUUGAUGAAGCAAAGCAACAGCAGCUUCGCUGGAAUAUGCAUGAAGACAGAAGGAAUGAGCCUCUCAUCCUAACUGAUGAGGAGCACCCCUGCUCGGGUUCAGAUUUCUCUUCUGCUGACUGCAUCAUCCUCGGUGAUAGCCUACAAGAAGAAGUGGCUCACAGAGAUAAGAAGAGGUGUUUGGAAGCAGUGAGCAUCGCAAAAUCGGUUGAUAAAGAAGAGACCGGUGGCAUUCUUUCUCCUCUGUCUGUAAAGCUGAAUAUUGUGAUUUCUCCCUAUCACUUUGAUAAUUCUUGGAGGGCAUUUCUAGGAGAAUUCACUCUUCAGCUCCUUCCCGAACAGAGUUUAACUGAAGAUUUUUCAGAAAGGAGUUUUACACUGAUGAGUUCAGAGUCAAGCGGUCAGUUCCUGAUUUAUGUUAAUUCAGAAAGCGAAGAUGCAGAGAAACAAGAAAAAGGACUCAACGAGCCAGUCAGUAUUUGUGAUAAGGGUAUUCGAGUGGAAUCAUCUUUCAGUGGUGAAAUGCUUGAAGAUUUGGGGUGGCUACAAAAGAAGAGAAGAAUAAAACUUUACCAAAAACCAGAAGGGAAUCACAUUAUUAAGGUUGGAAUUUAUCUUUUGGAAGGUGGCCUAGCAAAACUAGACUUUUUGAGUGAUGCAAAUUCAAGAAUGAAGAAGUUUAAUCAGCUUAUGAAAAGAGUGAUGGAAAAGUUGUACAAUUUUAUUAUUCCAGAUGUGUUGGAAGAGGAUGAAGAAGAUUCAGAGAGUGAGCCAGAGGGACAGGACAUCGAUGAGCUCUAUCAGUUUGUGAAGCAGACACAUCAGCAAGAAACGCAGUCCAUCCAAGUGGAUGUCCAGCAUCCUGCGUUGAUUCCUGUGCUGAGACCAUACCAAAGAGAGGCUGUCAAUUGGAUGCUACAACAAGAGCAUUUCAGAAGCGCUCCUGCUAGUGAAAAUACCCUGCAUUUCUUAUGGCGAGAGAUUGUCACAUCUGAGGGUUUGAAACUCUACUACAAUCCGUACACAGGCUGCAUCAUCCGUGAUUACCCAAAUGCUGGGCCACAGUUGCUUGGCGGAAUCUUAGCAGAUGAGAUGGGUCUUGGAAAGACAGUGGAGGUUUUGGCUCUGAUUCUGACACAUACCCGACAAGAUGUCAAACAAGAUGCUCUCACUCUUCCUGAGGGAAAAGUGGUGAAUUAUUUCAUUCCAUCACAUCAGUCUGGAGGAAAAGUAAAAAACACAGAAACCCCAAAUACGGAAUUUGAACCAAAAGAAAAAGUUCAGUGUCCCCCUACACGUGUGAUGAUCCUGACAGCUGUGAAAGAAAUGAAUGGAAAAAAAGGAGUUUCCAUCCUUUCCAUCUAUAAGUAUGUCAGUUCUAUAUAUAGAUAUGAUGUUCAGCGGAACAGGAGUCUUCUGAAACGGAUGCUGAAAUGUUUAAUUUUUGAAGGUCUUGUGAAACAGAUCAAAGGGCAUGGUUUUUCUGGGACUUUUACAUUGGGGAAGAAUUACAAGGAAGAAGAUACAUAUGAUAAAACAAAAAAGCAGGCAAUAGGGAGUCCAAGGAAAAUUCAGAAAGAAUCCAGAAAAUCAGGGAACAAAGACACAGAUUCUGAAUACUUGCCAUCAAACACAUCUGAUGAUGAUGAUGAUCCUUAUUAUUAUUACUAUAAGCCUCGGAAAAAUCGUAGUAAAUUCAAGAAAAAGCCUGUUCUAUCCACAAAAAAGGGAAAAGGUCAGCCUAAUAUCAAUCUCAGUUCACAAGAUCACUGUCCAGCUACCAGUGACUCUGGAAUUACUGAUGUUACCACAUCUAAAAGUACAUGUAUCUUUGAAAUCAAGGAAGAACGUGGAGCAAAGGACCAAGCUGAAUCUUUAAACCCUACCGACGGUGAUGUGCCACAAUCUAAUAUCGGGAGUCCCUGUAAUUCCUCAGAUUAUCGCUUUGAGUGCAUAUGUGGUGAGCUUGAUCAGGUAGACCGUAAACCUCGUGUUCAGUGCCUGAAAUGCCACCUAUGGCAACAUGCAAAAUGUGUGAAUUAUGAAGAGAAGAAUCUGAAGAUUAAGCCUUUUUACUGCCCCCAUUGCCUUGUUGCAAUGGAGCCAGUAUCAACACGAGCAACUCUGAUCAUCUCGCCCAGUUCCAUUUGUCAUCAGUGGGUGGAUGAAAUCAACAGGCAUGUGAGGUCAUCAUCUCUUCGAGUCUUGGUAUAUCAAGGAGUGAAGAAAGAUGGUUUUUUACAGCCUCACUUUUUGGCUGAACAGGAUAUAGUUAUCAUUACCUAUGAUGUCCUUCGUUCAGAACUUAACUAUGUAGAUAUCCCACAUAGCAACAGUGAGGAUGGGCGUCGUUUACGGAACCAGAAGCGCUAUAUGGCCAUUCCCAGCCCCCUAGUUGCUGUGGAGUGGUGGAGGAUCUGCCUUGAUGAAGCCCAGAUGGUUGAAUGUCCUGCUGUAAAAGCUGCAGAAAUGGCUCAGCGCUUGAGUGGGAUUAAUCGCUGGUGUAUCAGUGGCACUCCAGUACAGAGAGGAUUGGAGGAUCUUUUUGGGUUGGUGGUCUUUCUUGGUAUUGAACCUUACUGUGUCAAACACUGGUGGGUUCGACUUCUCUAUCGCCCUUACUGCAGGAAGAAUCCUCAGCUCCUCUACAGCUUUAUUGCCAAGAUACUAUGGAGGUCUGCAAAGAAAGAUGUGAUUGACCAAAUCCAGAUACCCCCUCAGACAGAAGAAGUCCACUGGCUUCACUUUUCUCCAGUGGAAAGACAUUUCUAUCACCGCCAGCAUGAAGUGUGCUGCCAGGAUGCAGUAGUAAAGCUCAGGAAGAUUUCUGACUGGGCCCUGAAGCUCAGCAGCCUGGACCGAAGGACGGUCACCUCCAUUCUGUAUCCACUGCUGAGGCUCAGGCAGGCCUGCUGCCACCCACAGGCCGUUCGUGGGGAGUUUUUGCCACUCCAGAAAAGCACCAUGACAAUGGAAGAGCUGCUAACAUCUCUACAGAAGAAAUGUGGAACAGAGUGUGAAGAAGCACAUCGGCAACUAGUUUGCGCUCUCAAUGGCUUAGCAGGCAUCCACAUCAUUAAAGGUGAGUAUGCCGUGGCAGCAGAACUGUACAGAGAAGUGUUGCGUUCAUCUGAGGAACACAAAGGAAAACUCAAAACCGAUUCACUCCAAAGACUUCAUGCUACCCAUAACUUGAUGGAAUUGUUGGUAGCUAAGCACCCAGGAAUACCUCCUACCUUACGAGAUGGCAGACUUGAAGAAGAGGCCAAACAGCUGCGAGAGCAUUACAUGAGCAAGUGUAACACGGAAGUUGCAGAAGCACAGCAAGCUGUGCAGCCGGUGCAGCAGACCGUGCGGGAGCUGCAGAGAAAGAUUUAUUCAAAUUCUCCUUGGUGGCUGAAUGUGAUCCACAGAGCAAUAGAAUUCUCUAUUGACGAGGAACUUGUUCAGCGAGUGCGAAAUGAAAUAACCAGCCACUACAAGCAACAAACUGGGAAGCUUUCUAUGUCAGAGAAGUUCCAUGACUGCAGAGGUCUUCAGUUCUUACUUACAACACAAAUGGAAGAGCUGAAUAAAUUCCAGAAGCUAGUAAGAGAGGCUGUAAAAAACCUGGAGGGACCUCCAUCUCGUAAUGUUAUUGAAUCAGCAACAAUCUGCCACCUCCGACCAACCAGACUUCCUCUCAACUGUUGUGUCUUUUGUAAGGCGGAUGAAUUGUUCACAGAGUAUGAAUCAAAGCUGUUUUCCCACACAGUGAAAGGCCAGACUGCAAUAUUUGAGGAGAUGAUAGAAGAUGAAGAAGGACUGGUGGAUGAUCGAAUACCCACCACCAGCCGGGGUUUGUGGGCAGUAAGUGAGACAGAGCGAUCUAUGAAAGCAUUGCUAUCAUUUGCAAAAUCACAUAGAUUUGAUGUUGAAUUCAUUGAUGAAGGAAGUACUUCAAUGGAUCUUUUUGAAGCAUGGAAGAAGGAAUAUAAGUUGCUUCAUGAAUAUUGGAUGGCUCUAAGGAAUCGUGUAUCUGCUAUUGAUGAACUUGCAAUGGCUACAGAACGACUGAGAGUGCGUCAUCCUAGGGAGCCAAAGCCCAACCCACCUGUUCUUCAUAUCAUUGAACCACAUGAGGUAGAACAAAAUCGUAUAAAACUGCUAAAUGAUAAAGCUGUUGCUACAUCACAACUUCAGAAGAAACUUGGGCAGCUUCUUUACCUAACUAACUUGGAGAAGUCUCAAGAUAAAACAUCAGGAGGCAUUAAUCCAGAACCUUGUCCAAUCUGUGCUCGGCAGCUGGGAAAACAGUGGGCAGUACUGACUUGUGGACACUGCUUCUGUAAUGAAUGCAUUUCAAUUAUUAUUGAACAGUACAGCGUAGGGUCUCACAGAAGCUCCAUUAAGUGUGCCAUCUGCCGCCAGACCACAUCUCACAAAGAAAUCUCGUACGUCUUCACCUCAGAGAAAGCCAGCCAGGAAGAGGACAUCCCUGUGAAGGGCAGCCAUUCUACCAAAGUGGAAGCUGUGGUCAGAACUCUGAUGAGAAUCCAGCUCAGAGACCCGGGCGCUAAAGCACUGGUCUUCUCAACGUGGCAAGACGUAUUAGAUAUUAUUUCAAAAGCCCUCACUGACAACAACAUGGAAUUUGCUCAGAUCAGCCGUGUUAAGACAUUUCAGGAGAACCUCUCAGCAUUUAAACAUGAUCCCCAAAUCAAUAUUUUGCUGCUGCCCCUGCACACAGGUUCUAACGGAUUAACUAUCAUUGAAGCAACUCAUGUUCUCUUGGUGGAGCCCAUUUUGAACCCUGCCCACGAGCUUCAGGCCAUUGGGAGGGUGCACCGAAUUGGACAGACCAAACCUACUAUUGUACACAGAUUCUUAAUUAAGGCAACAAUAGAAGAAAGGAUGCAAGCCAUGCUGAAAACUGCUGAGAAGAGUCACACGAACUCAUCGGUGAAGCAUCCAGAGGCCUCUGUCUUAACCUUGGCUGAUCUGGCAGACCUGUUUACCAAAGAAACUGAAGAACUUGAAUGAAGUACACUUGAUUCAGUCCACAGACUUUAAUGUAUUUAAAUUUUUUCAUAGCUUAUAGAGCAAAGUUAUAAGUAAAAACUCCAGUAGAUGUCAGUAAAUACACUGUUCUUCAUUGAAUGAAUUUCUUUCUUUUUUUUAGUUGUACAGUGUCCUAGCAGUUACUGAGUCCUUUCCAAUAUCUUGUUUCCAAAAGAUCUAUAAAGAUUUUUAAUUUUACACUCCUAAUAAAACAUUUAUUUUUUGCCCCAAAGAAUAUCUGUAUCUGAUAAGGCGAGGGAAUUAAGAGAGGUAACGUGUACUUUUUUUUUUUUUUUUUUUUUUUUUUAUAAGAUCAGUCUUAAAAAGAGUUGGAGGAAGGGAAAAAAGUAAAGUGAUCUGGUUUUAUAAUGACCUAGUAUAUCUGACCCACAUAAAUCUCAGUUUUGGAAGGGCCUUCGGUAUCUUUAGCACAUGAUUCACCAAUAUCUUGCUAGUAGUAUGUAAAGUACAUGGUGAAUUAUAUUAACUCCUAGUUAUUUGAGUAGUUUUAGACUGUAACUCCAUGCAUAGUAACUUUACAGUAAUACAACUCCUAACAAUAAGUUAAUAUUAGGCAAGUAAUUCCUUUCUCUGUGUGUUGCUACUAAAAAUUGAAACAUUGAACACUUAUUUCUAUGAUGUGUUAGGUAGUGUCAGCGUAAGCAGUGAACUUUAGCAUUUUAAGUAUAUUCAUAUUUACCGUAAAAUGAUCUAAACUGCUUUCUCUACUUUUAAUUUUUCUUAUCGUUAAGUUUUUACUUGUUUUAAGAUCGAUGUGUCUGUAAAUAUUGCAAGUUUUAUAAUUUUAGUUCUUAAUCAUUAUAACAUGGAAAUUAUGGCAGGGUUUUGUGGGGUUUUUUUAGGUUUUUUUUUUGUUUUGUUUUUUAUCAUUAUUAUACUGAUGUUUUGGGUUCUUUUCCUUUCCCGUGUUCUUGGGAAACUAGACUUUUAACCACUGGUAUCUAACUUUGUGAUAAUUUGUUAUUUUAUUUCACUAGGACUUCUCUCAAGGACUAGUAUUUGAUCUUUGGAACAAGAGAAUGUCAUAUUUACAUAAGCAAAUAAUUGCAACUGAUAACAACUGAGUGUUUCUUCUUCUGUGAAGAAUUAAUGGACUUUGAAGUCACUAAAGAAGGAGUAGCUUGUUUUAUCCUAGCCAUUUGAUGUAAUACAGAGGUUCUUGUUUUGUUUUCUUUGAGCCUUCAGAGUUUUAAAUGACCCUCAGGACUCAUUAGCUCCUACUCAGCUGCCCAGAAAACUGUAAUAGAAAUAUCCCUUAUAUCAUAUUUGUCCAAGAAGCUUUGGUGCUUAGUUAAGGUGCAUUUUCUUAUUCUAGGUUUAUAGGGUGACAUAAUUCAACUGAAGAAAACACACACAUGUUUUUGGUGCUUAUUCCUCAGUUGAAGGAAGAUAUGCAUCAAUUCUUUUAUAUGAAAUUAAACAAAACUAUUAUUUUUGUAGCUCUUGUUACAAAGAGCUUUCCUACACAUUCACAUUCAGCUUUAAUUUGCCCAAUAAUCCUGUGAAGUUGAUAUAACUAUUAUCAUUCCUGUUUUGAAGUUGGAGAACCAAGGUUCAGAAAUACAGAGAGCCAUGCUUGUGACACGUAGCAAGGAAGCAGUGGAACCCAGGUCCCCUACUCCACAUCUCAUGGUCUUUCUGUAAAUCCUGUGUCAUACUGAGAUUCAGAAGGCCCAUGGUUGUAAUUUAAUGAUGAGCAUGUUUCAGUAUUUCUGUUUGUUUCCUAGUAUUCCUUUUUGAGCUAAAGUUUUAGGGAAAACAAUUUGAUAUGCUUCAAUUUUGUAAAAAAAGAAAAAAUAUAUAUAUAUAAAUAUACCUAUCUGUAUUAGAAAAAAAAACCGUUCUUAUUUAUUUCUGUAAGAUAUCAUUAAUU